UCCCCAGCGCCGAGCCGUCUCUUCGCCUACGCUGCUGCGAUGGCUGCAGCUCCGCUGCUCUCCAAGGCUGAGUAUCUGAAGCGUUACCUGUCCCGGGCAGAUGCUGGCGUCGAUGGAGGCCUCGAGUCCGGUCGUAAGCGGCGCAAGAAGCGGCCGAAGCCGAGCGGCGGCGGCGGGAAGGGAAUGCGGAUUGUUGAUGAUGAUGUGAGCUGGGCAACUAUCUCUACUUCUAAGCCGGAGAAGGAAGAGGAGGAGGAUGGAGAUUUGCCUGUGGUGGCUGAGUUUGUGGAUGAGCGUCCAGAAGAGGUGAAGCAGAUGGAAGCCUUUCGCUCUAGUGCCAAAUGGAAGCUUCUGGGAGGUCACAGUCAAGACCUAUCUUCACAUAGACAGUUCCAUCAUGAUGACCCAAGUCUAUCUCCUCCCAUGAGGGUUCACCACAAUACACCAGAUCCAUCUCCCAGGAGGGUUCGUAAUGAUUCCCCAAGUCCAUCUCCUCCCAGGAGGGAUCAUCAUGAUUCCCCAGAUCCGUCUCCAUCCAGGAGGGCCCAUCAUGAUACUUCAGAUCCUUCUCCUCCCAGGAGGGUCCGUCAUGAUUCCCCAGAUUCGUCUCCUCCCAGGAGGGUCCGUCAUGAUUCCCCAGAUUCGUCUCCUCCCAGGAGGGUCCGUCAUGAUACACCAAAUUCGUCUCCUCCCAGGAGGAUCCGUCAUGAUACCCCAGAUUCAUCUCCUCCCAGGAAGGCCUGUCAUGAUGCCCCAGAUUCGUCUCCUCCCAGGAGGGCCCGUCAUGAUGCCCCAGAUUCAUCUCCUCCCAGGAGGGCCCGUCAUGAUGCCCCAGAUUCGUCUUCUCCCAGGAGGGUCCGUCAAGAUACUCCAGCUCCAUCUUCCCCUAGGAAGUUUCGUCAAGAUAUGCCAGAUCCGUCCCCUCCCAGGAGGGUCCGCCAUGACUCAUCAGAUGCCUCACCCCCAAGGAGAGUCCAUCAAAUUUCUCCAGAUCCUUCUUCCCCAAGGAAGUCUCAUCGUAAUUCUUCAGGUGUAUCUCAUAGGAGAGUUCAUCAUGGUUCCACAGGUGUCUCUUCCCCCAGAAGGGCCCGUCACCGCUCCCCUGACACAUCCCAACACAGGAGGACUCUUGUCUCUUCAAACACACAGCAUCUCAGGAAGGCCCAUCGUGACUCCCCUGAUUUGCCACCUAAUGUUGCUAAUUCCCUGUCCAGAACCAAAAGUAGUAAAGCCCCAGAAAGGUCCUUUAGCAAAACUUCACACCAGAAGGGUCCAGAACCCUCUCACCCAUCCCUCUUAAAGAGUAUCAAAUGUGAGUAUGACUCGGACCUUUCUCCUCCACGGAAAAAGCAAGCGAAAUCACAAUUUGGAGGUGUUGGCCCUAAAACCUCAGAUUCAGAUCUUUCUCCUCCACGGCAAAGACAAAAUCUAGGACCCCAAGGUUCUGAUUCGGAUCUAUCUCCUCCACGGAAUAGACAGAGAUGCCAGGGUUCUGAUUCUGAUCUCUCUCCACCAAGGAGGAAAAGGAGGAGCAAGUCAUCUGAUUCUGACCUGUCUCCACCUCGGAGGAGUCCGCCUCCUAGGAAGAAGGCUGCACAUAUGUAUUCUGGGGCUAAAACUGGCCUGGUAACUGACGUACAGCGAGAGCAGCAGGAACACAGGAAUCAGGACCAAGAAACGAUGGCAUUGGGAGCUCAGUUUCAGUUUGCUGAAACAGUAUUUCGAGACAAGUCUGGACGUAAGAGGAAUUUGAAAAUGGAACGUCUGGAACAAAGGAGAAAGGCAGAGAAGGAUUCGGAGCGAGACGAGCUGUAUGCCCAAUGGGGAAAAGGGCUUGCCCAGAGCCGGCAACAGCAACAGAAUGUGGAGGAUGCGAUUAAGGAGAUGCAGAAGCCUCUGGCCCGUUAUAUUGAUGACGAAGAUCUGGAUCGGAUGCUGAGGGAACAAGAAAGAGAGGGGGACCCCAUGGCCAACCUCAUCAAGAAGAACAAGGCCAAGGAGAACAAGAAUAAGAAAGCGAGGCCUCGCUAUAAUGGCCCAGCACCUCCUCCCAACAGAUUUAAUAUUUGGCCUGGAUAUCGCUGGGAUGGAGUUGACAGAUCCAAUGGAUUUGAACAGAAGCGCUUUGCUAGGCUUGCUAGCAAGAAAGCGGUGGAGGAACUUGCCUACAAGUGGAGUGUGGAGGACAUGUAACUAAGGCCUUUGGUGCUAUGGGUGGUGGCACAGGACAGCCAGACACCAGCUGUAUUACUAAGAAGCAGGGCCCACACACAUCCAGAGGUUUCUGAAUCAGUUCUGGCAUGGACGACUGUUUGAGACCUGGCCUUUGGAUUGAGCACCUAACUUUGUGCCAACACUGUCUUCAGCAGUGGUUUCUAUAUCCCUGGGUUGGUUCUUGGCUAGUGCUUUUCUUUUUCUUUUUUAAAAUAAAUACAUAUUUAUUUUUUUAAUAAUUUCCUGAGUAUUCUGUUUGGGGAAGAAUACCAGCUAAUAAACUUCUGGGGGCUCUGAGAGUAAUCCAGCAAGCUGUGUGAAUAAAAUUCUUGAGUGACAGGU